AUGCAAAACUAUACCUCAGAAGUGGUUCUGAGCUCGUCUUUACGUCCAGUUCUUGCUUCGGGUGAGACUAUUCUGUUGCAGCAGCGUGAUGUCGGUCUCUAUGAAGGCAACACGAAAUUAUUGGCUUAUGAUAAAGGUGUCGCGUAUCUGUCCAGUCAUCGUCUCCUAUGGAUCCCGGAAUCACCACAUCCAACAUCAACCACUAUCGCCGUAGCUCUUGCAAACAUUGUCAAAAUGGAGCCGUUGCCUGCUUUUCUCACACAAUCACCAAAAAUCGCCCUGCACCUAACUCCCAAAUCCACGGAUACAACUCCAUUAUCAGCUUCAUCGUCCUCCAUUCACUCUGUCGACAGCGUAAACGACUGGACAUGUCCGAUCUGCUCAGCACGUAAUCGCAGUCAGGAUCUCAAAUGUAGCGAAUGUGGAGUCAAGAAGCAGACCAUCGUCGAACCGCCUCCUGCUUCACAACCACCACCUGUAAAAGAUGGCAAAGUAUGCAGAGCAUGCACAUUCAUAAACCACAUAGAUAUGCAGGAAUGUGAAGUUUGCUCUACACCCCUUGCGAACAUCGCUGAACCCAUACUACCAACAUCUACAGUACUUUUGAGCACGCCAAUUGCGGCACCUGUAUUUAUAUUAAGAUUGUCAUUCAGGAGUGGUGGUAUGCCGGAUUUUGCUAAAGCUUUACGGCUAGCUAUACAAAAGAAGGAGUGGGAGAAACAGGUCGAGACUCCCAAAGUUAGCUCACCGCAGGGUAGAGAUAUGAUGGGUGGUAUUGGAAGCAUAAUGAGAAAUGUAGAUCAGUCAAGGGUCGCCACCAACGAAUCAUUAUCCGAAGCAUUCAGAGAUCUGGAUGCACUCAUGCAGAAAGCUGCAGAGUCCAUCAGUACCAAACUUGCCUCAUCAUCGGCAUCAUCAAAUGAGGAUUCUUCAGAAAUGGCAAUGUUUCGUGAAUACCUAGUGGAUUUGGGUAUCUCUAGUCCUGUUACAAAAAAGACAGCCGGAAACAUGUAUGAUACAGAGCUAGCUCGUCAACUUGCUGAAUUCCUGGAAGUUGUUCUACCACGCAGUGGUGGAAUGAUGACUAUGGUGGAUGUGUACUGUAUAUUUAAUCGUGCUCGUGGUGUUGCUCUGGUCUCUCCAGAAGACUUGAUUCGUGCCUCUCAGCAAUACGAGCGAAUCGGUCUUCCAUACCGGUUACGGAAAUUUGAUUCAGGACUAUUGGUAGUUCAGUCCGCAACUCAAAACGACGCUGAUACUGCAACAAGAGUUCGUGAACGGGUUCAAGCUACAAAAGGUGGAUUGACUGCUGUGGGAUUCGCCACAUCAGAAAGGAUAUCAGUCAUACUCGCUCGUGAACAGCUUCUUAUGGCAGAGUCAAGAGCAUUGGUUUGUAGAGACGACUCGAUCGAAGGACUUCGGUUCUACGACAACCUUAUAUUAUAUUCAUAG